UUUACGUAGCACUUUGAUUUGUAAACAAAAAAUAUGUAAAACAAUAUUCGUGUUCUGGUGUUUUGUGAUUUUUCCCGUUGAACUAAAAAAAAUUGGUCUUUAAAAUAUUGUUUUACUAAACUUAGAUGAAGAAAAGAAAAUUGUACUCGUAAGUAAAUACUUAAAGUAGGAAAAUUCCGACUGAAAAUGCCUGAAACAACUAAACUGUGUUCGUCACUCGUGACUCGUAAAGAUAAAAUUUGGGAAUAUCAACAAUAUUACUUGGGAGAAAAAGAUGAAGAAAACAGAAAAUGUGGGAUAGGACAAAAUCACUGGACUGGAGCGCAGUCAUUAGAGUCGUACACUGGUCAUUUCACCCGGAACACGAUGCACGGGCUCGGUGACUACCGCUGGCGUCAUCACGGCCCUGAAAACUCUUUUGUUACCUACGAGGGGCACUUCUACUGCAACAGAAUGCAUGGCUAUGGAACUAUGUCGUAUCCUGAUGGAAGGACGUUUAGUGGGUUAUUCUUUGAUAACGUGCGAUUUGGCCCAGGAGUACAAUCUCACGCUGACGUCCACGAAGACGUUGGCUUGUGGCGUGGAUGUCAGCUUGUGAGGUUGGCAUGGCGACCAGAAGGUCCCAGCAUCACGCCGGACUUUGUCAAUUCAAGUACAGGACGAACUAUGGUUGAAUCGCACAGGAUUAUAUUGACAACGGAAGUUGAAACAAUAGGUGAGACAAACAAAGCUAUAGAGCUCCUUAAACAAUGUGGAGCAGACCCGCGGGUAGCAGUGGAGAGAUGGAGCAAAGUCUACCCCAAACAUUGCAUAGACCUUGCAAGUCCUUUAUGCUAUACCGAAUCUUUCGAUCGUGACUAUUACAAUAGAAAGAUACAUACUUUAAAAGAGGUGGAUGUCGUACCAGAAAAAGUACAGGAUAACGAGGUUGAUCAGGAUACUUUAGAAAAUAUUGACACAAAUGAUGGCACCUUUUACGCUUGGAAUAAUAACAAGAAGACGAUUAACAUGAUGAAGCACAGUUACAAGCACGACAGACAGCGGAGAAGAACGACAAUAGAUUUGAAACGCAUUCUAUCUGGUCCCAGAAGACAGUUUAAACCACCCGGUGAACACGAAAUAGAUUGUAGGACCCUGCUUAUGGCCGCUUAUUUGGAUCGUGCCGAGGAUAUUGCCCAGUUGGUUAACGAAAGAAAUGUUCAUCCAGACAUAUCCGAUGCUCAAGGAAAUUCGGCCAUUAUGUAUGCCACUGUCGGAGAUCAACCAGAUGUUAUACACUUCCUGGUGGAAGCUGGUGCAAAUGUAGACUCUUACAACGACAACUGUUGUACUCCUCUUGGGGUGGCUUUAAUGCGAUAUCUUUGUGCUGAGAAUGAUUUACCACCCAGCGGAAUGCUACAGGGUUUAUUACAGCCUUCUUUGGCACAAUUACCAGCACCUAUAGAACCCAUCGUUCAUGAUUGGAAUAUUACACGUGAGCAGCUUUCUAAUACAACGUUCAGUGCGCUAACAAAGAGUCCAAGUAAAAGCGCCAGAAGUCCGAGUUCUAAGAAAAUCAAGUCUUUAUUAUCGAUUCGAGACCAACCAGGAUCUAAAAGGAAAACUGAAACACCUGAACCUAAAGUUCUUGAUGCCGUUUAUGAAUCACACGAGUCAAUUUCUGAAGAGAAAUCUCUAUACAACAGUAUAAAUCUUGAAUAUUCUAUUAAAACGACUGAUACUUUUACCCCUUUAAAUGGAUAUGGGACUAGAAGCCCUGUACCUUAUGUUUUUAAUGUAACUGACAUGGUUAAAGAAACUGAACUUGACGCUGAAGACGAUCAAAAGAAACCACCAGAAAAGCCUAUGAAAAAGAUGUUAUCAUCGAAAACAUUUAAAAAUACAAGAAAAACAAGCAAAGAAGUUAUAAGGCAACAUUCUGAUAAGGAAGAAAUUUCUAUAAGUAGCGCCGAGAAGAUAAAAGCAAAUAAGUUAUCAAAAAUAAUGUGUACUAUUCUACAAUUAUUAUCAGACGGUGCUGAUCCAACAUUAGUUCGAUGUCCACAACCAGCUCUUUUGAUGGCUGUUAUGUCUAACUCCCCUGAUUUAAUACGACACUUAGUGCGCUAUGGGGCGAACAUUAACGAAAAUUACCACCAGGUAUUUCAUUAUACUCCUUUGGACGUAGCUAUUUCUCGUACACUAACUCAAGAUAAUUUAGAAAUGGUGAUCGCGCUGUUAGAAUGUGGUGCAAAUGCACAGCACAGAUUGGUUUAUGAACAAGACCUUAAAGACCCAACAGGUGAACAAAUACCUGGGCCUACACUUUUACACAUUGUUUUAGCGAAAAAGACUGAAAAUGAUGUCGAAGAAGAUAUCCGUCAUCGACUACUGGAACUAUUGCUUGAAUAUAAUUGCAAUCCUACAAUACAGUACAAAGGUCGCGCUGCUAUAGAUGUGGCAAUGAGCAAAGGCAACGAAGUUCUGAAUAUUUUUAUGAAAAGCCCAACAACCGACUUGAAUGCUGUUAUAAAUAAUUCUAAUCAAAGUAUACUUGUAAAAAUGUUAAGUUUUCCUUAUUUUAAGACCUUUACGAGUACGGAGCGAUUGCAAUGGUUAACCGAUUUGUUGUUGUUCGGAGCUGACCCAUUGAUAAAAUGUCAAAAUCGUAAUGACACAUACCAAAAUAUUUUUGUUUUUGCCAAAAAUACUUUACUUGAAAUUGAUCAGAGCUCCCGGCCCAAAACUGUUAACCCUCCUGCAAAACCAUCCGAAUCUAAAGUUGGUAAAAAGGCUGAGAAAUUAAAAAAAGAUGAGAAGACUUCUACCAAACAACUAGGAAAAAACGCUGACGAUGUUGAAGAUUAUAGACAAGCGGUUGACCUUGUGACUGACUGUGCUAGGCUGAUCUAUACUAGAUGGCUGCAAGCCAAGCUCAUGAAAGAACUUGUUGUUACUAUUGAUAAAUACAAACACAGACACUGGCAUAUGAUAUUGAAGUCGUAUCAAGGAAAACGAAGCACAGGACUAUGGCUUUCCCCUCAACGCUGUCUCGAAAUAUGGGACAUUUUAUCUGGUACCAAGAAGAAGAUGUACAAAGAUCAGCAUGUCCUGACCCAUUUACUAAGCAUAGUUAUAUUUCUGUCGCGGCAGAAUUAUGGCCAUACUAGUAAUGUUUCUGAUAAUAUAACCCUCACUGCGUCAUUAAAAGACUCCAUAGAAGCUGACGUUAGGCAAAUUUUACGUCAACAUAAAGCUGAUAUAAAAAUGAAAGCAGAGCUCCCAUGGAAACUGUCUUAUGUAAAACCGGAAUUGAUUAAACAAGAUACAAAAUUUAACGUCUGCUUUGAAUGUAUCCUACCACUGACCGAAGACAAUAUUUUGUGUAGUUCGUGCAAGAAAAUAUAUUUUUGUUCGUAUAAUUGCAUGAAAUCAAACGUCCAACGAUCAAAUUGCCAUCCAUGUAGCGAUUUUUUGAAAAUGGAAUAUUUCACGAACUCUGAUGAAAACUUUCAACAUUUAGUAUAAUAAAUAUUCUUAAUUUAAAUAAAAUACUACCUACUGAAAUGUA